AUGACCCGAGUCAACAUGUUCUCCCUCAUCCUAGCAUCAGUGCUCAUUGCUAGCGCCUUUGGGUGUGGUCAACCACCCAUUCAGCCUAUCAGCUCCCGCGUGGUCAAUGGAGAGGAAGCCAGACCCCACAGCUGGCCCUGGCAGAUCUCUCUGCAGUAUCUGAAUGGUGGUUCCUGGUAUCACACCUGUGGAGGAUCUAUCAUUGACACCAACUGGGUGAUGACCGCUGCUCACUGUAUCAGUUCUUCAAGGACCUACAGGGUUUUUGUUGGUAAGAAUAACCUGGCAGAAAACGAGCCUGACUCAAAGGCCAUCAGCCCAGAGAAGAUCAUUGUGCAUGAGAAAUGGAACCCCAUAUUUGUGGCCUUUGGAAAUGACAUUGCCCUCAUUAAGCUGUCCGAGCCUGUGACACUAAGUGAUAGUGUUCAGUUGGGCUGCAUCCCUCCUGCAGGCAGCAUCCUUUCAAACAACUACCCCUGCUAUGUUACAGGCUGGGGAAGACUGUCCACUGGUGGCCCUCUGCCUGAUACCCUGCAACAGGCUCUGAUGCCCAUUGUUGACCAUGAAACCUGCACCAAGCCUGACUGGUGGGGUCCAUCCAUCAAGCAAACCAUGGUCUGCUCUGGUGGAGAUGGUGUUGUUGCUGCCUGCAAUGGUGACUCUGGUGGCCCCCUGAACUGCAAGAACUCUAGCGGCAUAUGGGAGGUGCACGGUAUUGCUAGCUUUGUGUCGGGUCUGGGAUGCAACUAUGUGAAGAAACCUACAGUGUUCACCCGUGUGUCUGCUUUCAAUGACUGGAUUGAUCAGACCAUGAUGAACAACUAAGAUGGACCAAAGGUGCUGACUGUUAAGAACGAAAACCAAACCAUCAAAUAAACAAUAAAAGAAC